AUGGAAAAGAGGCUUGUAAAGCAGGAGGUGAAAAGGCUGCUGGGAGAGUAUAUUGGCAUCAGACUUCGGGAAAAUGAAUUUGAUCCAAAAGGAAGAGGUCACCUCACCUUUCUAGAUGAGAUGGCCCACUACGACUUGGCCAUCAGUGUCGCUUGCCAAUGGCUAGAUCCCUCAGAAGACUUAACUUGGCUCCAGUGGGAGAAAGUGAAAACGCCACUUCAUGGCAGACCUCUGUAUCCAAACCGAAAAGAGCGAGAAGCGGUGAUCUUAUCCUCUUACGCUGGAGUCUUAAUGAACAGUAUCCCAGUUGAGGAAGUCCUUAGAAUCUACGGGGCUCAUUCUUCUGCCAGUCCUGAUUCUACCAAGGUCUCCCAGGCUCUGUUACCCCGCCGCUCCCUGCACCCCUUUGCCAUGUUGACAGCACCCAACGCAGCCGAGUGCAACCGCAGACAGAGUGUCAAGUUGAGGAGAGGAGCAAUGGCUAAAAAAACCUCCAGCAGCAAUACAAAGAGAGCAAUGGUGCCAAAUGGGAAUCCCGGAAAAGGUGCUCGUACACACAGCUCAAGAACAGAGUAUGUCUAAACAUGAGUGUUGUGGAGUGACUUUGUCUACAUUGUGAUGAACAUUGGUGCUCAUACACACAGCUCAAGAACAGAAUAUGUCUAAACAUGAGCGUUGUGGGGUGACUUUGUCUAUACUGUGAUGAACGUUGGUGCUCAUACACACAGCUCAAGAACAGAGUAUGUCUAAACGUCACUUAGAAGUGAGAACUAGUACCAUGGAUGCAUAGCAGAGCCUCUGGAAGCAGACAGGAAGCUUCACCUUAAAGCUGCAGUUGUCAACCACACUCUCCCUCUGCAGUUCGCUGUUGCUGUCAGCUGCAUUGGCUCUCAGGCUUGCUCUUGAGUUUUCUUCUCUUGGAAGCACAGCGCACACCUCUAUCUUGGUAAAAGGAAAAAAUGUGUAUAUCCCAUGCUGCUUCGUUAUAUGCUUGGAAGACUGAUGGAGCAUUCAGAGAGCGUUCACCGUUUCUGGAUGAGUUUAGACAAUCUGGUUUUGAUACACGUUUUAGCAAAUGUGUAGCAUUAAAUAUUGCAUAGAAUGCUGGAGAAGGAGGCGGUUUUCCAAAGUUUCAA